AUGGGCCCCCGUACCGACUCCUCAUGCUGCUGCCAGGCCCGUAAUCUGCCAUGGGCCCCCGUACCGCCUCCUCAUGCUGCUGCCAGGCCCGUAAUCUGCCAUGGGCCCCCGUACCGACUCCUCAUGCUGCUGACAGGCCUGUAAUCUGUCAUGGGCCCCUGUACCGCCUCCUCAUGCUGCUGCCAGGUCCAGAGUGUGUCAUGGGUCCCUGUACGGCCUCCCAUUGCUGCUGUCUCCAUCGCCACACUCUGCCAUGUGCCACUUUCAGGUCUCCUCACACUGCUGGUGGGUUCCAUUUUGUCAUAGGGUGCUGGCAGACUACGGGCCUCCCAUUGCUGCUGCCAGGCCCGUAAUCUGCCAUGGGCCCCCGUACCGCCGCCUCAUCAUGCUGCUGCCAGGUCCAGAGUG